AUGGAUACAAACGGUAAUAUUUCGCCCGAGGAGUCGGUGCCCCUUAAAAUAGAUGUAGAAAAAGACGUGGAAAAAGCGUCAGAUGUAGUUAUAGAAAAUAUACCACCUGUAAGAUUGUAUUAUAAAGUUAGUGAGAAUCCACCAUUACAUCUGAAUAUACUGUUUGCUAUACAGCAAGCAUUAUUACCAAUAGCCAAUGUCUUGUCAGUGUCUAUAAUAGUAGCAGAUCUGGUUUGUGCAUCAGAUGAUCAAGAAAUUAAGGCACAACUACUAGGCACAACUUUUAUGAUGUCUGGAAUUUCAACCAUGUUGAUGUGCACGCUGGGUGUUCGAUUGCCAAUCUUUCAAGGGCCGAGCGCUGGAUAUGUUAUACCGUUGUUAGGGUUAGCAACACUUAAAGAAUGGAAAUGUCCGACUAGAGAUGAACUGGAAACGUUGUAUUCUAAUUCUUCAAUGAAUGUAACUGAUUUGAAAGUGGAUCUCCCUAUGCCCAGGGAGGUUAUAUACAGACAGUUAGGAAAGCUUCAAGGGAGUUUAAUGGUUGCUGGUGUAAUCCAUCUGAUGAUUGGGUUUACGGGAUUGGUUGGUGCUGUUUCUAGAUUCAUUGGACCAAUCACUAUAGUUCCUGCUCUCUUAUUGUUGGUGUUGUAUUUACAUAAGAUUACAGUUAAAUUUGCACAAACAUAUUGGGGCACUGCAGUGGCUACAACAGUUUGUGGAUUGAUUUUAUCCCUAUAUCUUCGUGCCCACAAGACACCGAUACCAUUUUGGAGUAAAAAACGUGGUUUUCAUAUAAUCUGGUAUCCAUUACAUCAAGUGUUUUCGAUUUUAAUAUCAGUAAUAUUUGGAUGGAUAUUAAGCUCCAUUUUGACAAAUGCUGGCGUUCUAUCAGAUGAUCCUACCAGUAAAGAAUAUUAUGCUAGAACUGAUGCCAGAACAGAUAUUAUUUUUCUGAAUCCGUGGUUCUACUUUCCAUACCCAGGUCAAUUUGGAGAGUCGACGUUUGAUGCGGCAGCUUUUGCUGGUGCAAUGGUGGCAACAAUAAUGUCGGUCGUUGAUUCUAUCUGUGAUUAUAACGCAUGCGCUAGAAUGUGUUUUGUUCCUUUUCCACCAUCUCAUGCUUUAAACAGAGGUAUAUUUUGGGAAGGAUUGAUGAGUUUCUUUGCUGGUACAACCGGUGCUGGUCAUGCCACUAGUUCCUAUGGAGGAAAUAUAGGUGCUAUAGGUAUCACAAAGGUUGCAAGUCGUCGAGUAUUCCAAGGUUUAGCAAUAAUUUACAUUCUGUUCGCUAUGCUGGGAAAACUGAAUGCUGCAUUUAUUACUGUCCCAAACAGUGUACUCGGAGGUGUCAUGGUCUUAUAUUUUGGUAUCUUUUUAGGGAUUAUUAUGUCAAAUUUACAAUUUGUGGAUUUAAAUAACACGCGCAAUCUGGCUAUACUUGGUAUAAGUACAUUAGUAGGCUUUAUGGUACCAUAUUAUGUAGCACAGAAUCCUGAUAAAAUAGAUACAGGAAAUCGUUCUGUGGAUCGUACAUUAACUAUGUUAGGCUCAAAUGGUAUUUUCGUUGCUGGUCUUUUGGCUUGUUUCCUUGACAACACAGUUACAGGCACAAUAGAAUCGCGUGGAUUAGCUGCUCAUUUAGAAGGCGAAGAUACGAUCAAGCAGAAAAUAGAAUAUGAAGAAGGCAUGGAAGUUUAUGAUCUACCUUUCUUACCACAAUUCUUAAAAAAUUCUAUAUUCAUUAGGUAUUGUCCUAUUUUUCCAAAAUAUGAAAAAGAGAGAAAUGAGGCAACUGAUUGAAAGGAACAUGUAUGUGAAUAUAUGCAUAUUUGUGUCGUACAUAUAAUAAUUCGUUCUGCGUUUAUCCUGUAAAAACCAUGAUAUGGAACAUCUCUAAGUUUGCAUCAUAGCUUCGCUUAAGUCUUUGUGUGUAUUACAUGCCGUUCACUGAAGUUACUUACUGUUAGACAGCUCUCCCGUAAAAAGGCAAAACCUAGUAACUCACUUUUUUCUUAUUUUGAGAAAACAAAGGAAAACGUAAUGAAUGAAUAUUAAACCCCAGCUCAUCCAUGGAUUUGACUAUUGAGUUACUAGGUUUUGCUGUGGUAUACUAGGCAAGUGAAGGAAGUUGCUAGGUUGUGUCAUGGGUGUAAUUGCUUACAAAAUCAAAAGAUUGGAAUAUCUAGUACAACCUAGAGAGCACAUACCCUAGUAACUACAAAUUUGGUCCUAACUCAAUUUUGAUAAAAAAGUGAGUUACUAGGUUUUGCCUUUUUACGGGAGCAGCUGCAUCAAAUUAUUUUCAGUAUAUAUGUAUCUUUGAUAAUAAAAUAUUGAUUU